AUGAUCCGUGAUCCGCCGGCAAUGCAUAAACCCGACAACGCCAACAAUCAACAAGAUGAAAACAAGUAUUCUCUCAGCAGUACGUUAAAUACUGUCGCUACUAAUGCGGGGGGUGCGAGACUUUGUGCUCAAUGUGGGAAGGUUAUCACUGAGAGGUUCCUUCUCAAAGCCAUGGAACGCUUCUGGCACGAAGACUGCCUCAAGUGUGGUUGCUGUGACUGCCGCUUAGGAGAAGUCGGCUCAAAACUAUACUAUAAAGCCGAUCUCAUGCUUUGCAAGAGAGACUAUCUUAGGUUAUUCGGUGCUACCGGCAAUUGCGUGGCGUGCAACAAAGUCAUUCCAGCAUUCGAAAUGGUAAUGCGUGCGAAGAGUUUUGUUUACCACUUAGAAUGCUUCGCCUGUCAACAGUGCAACCACAGGUUUUGUGUGGGCGAUAGAUUCUAUCUUUGCGACAACAAGAUACUCUGUGAGUAUGAUUAUGAGGAGAGGCUGGUUUUUGCCAGCAUGGCGGCUAAUCCUAGUGGCUUAGCUCACAUCAGGAGACAAGUCAGUGGAUUACAGUCGCCGAGUAAUGCGUACGUUGGGGGCGGUUGUCCUGGAGGGGCGGUUGUGCCGUUGGACAAAGAUAACGGCGGCUGCGCGGGCGCCGAUGAUGCUUCCAGCGGUUACGGCAGCCCACCUGAUCCAGAUGUCUGUGAUGCACGAUGA